GUGGAAGACCCAAGCGUAAAUAGCGACUGCGUCCAUUGUGAAAAAUUUUUUCUUUUGAUAAGAAAUCGCAAUCGCGUAAUUGAAAUAUGGCUGAAGAGUGGCAAAGUCAAAACUUUCGUCAAAAUGUGAUUUCCAAAAUCCACGACAUCUUGCCCCAAAAUGGACAGGACUCGAAUAAAAAUGCUAGCAUGAUGGAGAAUCACAUAUUUCGGAAGUCUCGCACUAAGGAUGAGUAUCUGGGGUUGGUGGCCAAAUUGUUUAUGCAUUAUAAGGAUGUGUCGCGAAAGUCCCAGGCACAACAGCAACAACAGCAGCAGCUGCAACAACAACAGCAACAGCAGCAACAGCCGCCGCCUAAUGCCGAGAUGGGGCAGCAAAAUAUAAUGCAGGAUCCAUUGAAUGCGCUUCAAAAUCUGGCUAGCCAGGGCAAUCGAAAUCCUCAAUUGAUGCCAAUGGGCGGGGCUCCGGGACCAAAUCAAAUGGCUGGUCCAGGUGGCCCAGGCACUGCAUCCAAUUUACUGCAGACACUCAACCAGCAGAGGCCCGGCCAACAACAAAUGCAACCGAUGCCGAAUAUACGCGGUCAACUGCCCAUGGGCGCUGGCGCUGGUGGGCAGCAAAUGGUGCAAGUGCAGCAAAUGGCUGGAGGCAAUGGACCUGGCGCAGGAGGCAUGCAGCUGAAUGCCAUGGGUCCUGCUGUGGCGCAGGGCCAGGGCCAGAUCGUUGGCAAUGCAGGCGGAAUGCCCAAUCAGAUGGUGGGCCCGGGACCUAAUAGUGGACCUACGGGUGGUGCAACUGGUGGCAUGCCCAAUCAAAUGUCGCCCAUGGUGAUGGGCAUGGGCAAUCCGAUGAUGCGGCUAAAUCAAGGCAUGCAGGGCAUGCCCUCUAAUAUGCAACAGCAGCACAAUGUUGUCGGCGGGCCGGCUGGGCAGCAACAGGUGGGUGGGCCAGGUGGCUUGCCACCGAACGCAGUGCAGCAGGGCGGAGCUAUGAAUCCCCUGAAUGCCAUGGCUGUGAAUAUGCCACCCAACAUGCAGCAGAAGCCGAAUAUGACAAUGGGACCAGCGGGCCAAAUGUUUCCGGGCAAUCGAGGUGGCGUUGUUGGCGGCCAACAGCAGCCGCAGCAGCCCUUCAUGCGUUCCAGUCCCUCACCAGCGGAUGCCCAGCAGUUGCAACAACAGCAACAAUUGCAGCAGUUGCAACAGCAGCAGCAGCAGCAGCAGCAACAGCAGCAACAACAGCAGCAACAACAGCAGCAGCAACAACAACAGCAAUUGGUGGGCAAUCAAACGCCCACUCAGCAGCCGCCCACACCACAGAUGCCCACACCACAAAUGAUUCCCAGUCCGGCAUUGGUGCCCCAGUCCAGUCCGCAAAUGAUGAUGCAGAACCAACAACGCAACAUACGGCAGCAAUCGCCGAGUGCGUCGAUCAAUACGCCCGGCCAAGUGACGGGCAACAGUCCAUUUAAUCCACAAGAGGAAGCCCUCUAUAGGGAAAAGUACAAGCAGCUGACCAAGUACAUUGAGCCACUGAAGCGCAUGCUGGGCAAGAUUAGCAAUGAUGGAACCAAUGUCGAAAAGAUGACCAAGAUGAGUAAGCUAUUGGAAAUCCUCUGCAACCCGACGCAACGUGUACAACUGGACACGUUGCUCAAGUGCGAGAAGGCGCUGGAGAAAAUGGACCUAGUCUCAUACUCGGGACAACAGUUUGGCAAAUCGUCUAAUCCGCUGCUGGAGGUCAUCAAUACCACACUACAGAGCCCGUUGGCUAAUCAUACGCUGCAUCGAACUUUCAGGCCCAGCUUGGAGCUGCUCUUUGGCACAGAUAUUUGUGCGCCAGUGGCGCCCAAGAAGCCGCAUCUGGAGGAGAAGUCGUCGCCAUUUGAACAAGAUGUGCCGCACGUGUUGCAGGGCGAAAUAGCUCGCCUGGAUACCAAGUUCAAGGUCAAGCUGGAUACAACUGCCCAGAACAACAAUAGGGCAAUACGUUUGAUCUGUUGCCUGGACGAUAAAUGUCUACCCAGCGUUCCGCCAGUGAGUGUGAGCGUGCCGGAGGAGUAUCCAUGGCAAUCGCCCGACUGUUCGCUCACCGAACAGGAAUAUUCGGCAACGCCGUUUCUGCAGACCGUGCAACAGGCGUUGAUCGCCCGCAUGUCAAAGUUACCCAAAAACUAUUCGCUGUCGCACCUAUUGGACACUUGGGAGAUGGCCGUGCGACAGGCUUGCUCUCCACAAGCCAAGCCCCGAGCCAUGUGUGAGCUGACCACGCUCCUGGGAGUUUAGGCUUUCGAAUCUCAGUUGAUGCGAAGAAAUAGUUGGAUUGAAUAUAUACGAAUAUGCAAUACCCUA